AAUUUUAACUUGUUUUUGGACGUGUGACCGCAAUUAAGAAAAUAAAUUCCUAUGAAUUCCGAAUUAGAUAUCUUUGUUUUCAUUUUAUUUUUCAAAGAAAGGAAAUAAUUGCUUCAUAUCCGUUAUUUAAUAAUGCUACUAUUUCUAAACUGUAGAAGGAAAUGAAACUAUUCAUCAUUUUAUGCACUUUACCUAUUAAAAUUUCGCUCAAAGAUUCGAAAGAAUGAGUCCAGAAAAGAGACCUGCAUGCUAGAAAUACUUGAAAAAUGAAUAUAUAAUAGCAUUUUAUUUACAGUUAUGAAAAAUAAUAUUCGCCUCAUACAUGCCGCGAUAAAGUAAAUUCAACAAGCAUAUAAAAAUAAAAUUCAGUUUAGUCUACUACCACUAUAAAUGACUUAUCAUUAGAGCUGUAACGCCAUCGGAUCGAGAUAGUGCUUCGGAUACAUGAAGUGUAAUCAAUAAAUCGACUUAUUUCAACAGAUACUGAGAACUUUAAAUACUUAAAAUCAUUAACCGUUUUUAAUGUUUCGGUAACAUGUUACUGUGAAUGUCGAAUUAUGCGUAACAACCAGUUUUUGAUCUUCAGUACUUGUAAACCCAUAAAGGAGACACUAUAUACAGUUAACUUGUUUUAAUUAUAUCUAUAUCGAAGAAGUAUCGCGGUGAAUGUAAAUAUUAUCUUAGUUACGUAAAAAAUUAUUUCCGUUUACUUAAAAUCCGAGCAGGCAUUCACGAAACUUUAUUUACUAUUUCAUAAUUAAUAGAUUUUACAAAUACAGUAUUUGUAAUCGUAUCAAAUCGUUGAUACCUAAUGAUGAUUCAUUAGGUAGGGAAUUCUUCAUUAGGCCUAUAUAUUUUUCUUGAUUUUUUAGCUUUAAUACAAGCAAUAGCAUUAUAUUCUUUCGUAUCUUAUGAAAUAAGUGUUUUAUUUAGUAUUCGGGUGUCAGGAAAUUCGAUGACUUGUGUUUUGUUUCUUAAAAAUUGCGAAAGUAGACCGCGUUAAGUAACACAGCCUACUCAACUUAUUGACACUUGUUAAUAAGAUUAGCCUGAGUUCAUGCUUUACUUUUAUCUCGUCUAAACGAGAUGAGAAUAUCAAAAUUUACACACGUGAUCGAAAAAGAAUAUAUUUUUUAAAAAAUUAAAUGAAUUUAGUUACCUCAUUUGCAAUCAAUUGUUCGUUCUGUAAAUAGAUUGUAGUGUUCCUAAUUGCUUGGAAAUCUACAGAUUAGACGUAAUUAUUCUAGAAAACGCAAAAAUUUCAUUAGUCUUACACUAAGGUUAUGAUUUUGUUAUAGAAAAAUAAUCCCUCGACGAUGUAACACAUUUAUGUAUUUUAAAAAGGCACAGACUAAUCAGUCGUAUGAUAAAUUAUCAUUAAAAAUAACAAACAUAAUUGAUUUUUUCUUCUACUCCAAUUAUAAUUUCCUUUUUUCAAGAGUAUAAUCGAAAGUAAAAAUCAUUAUAAAUAAACCAUACGGCUGUCAAAGAAAGAAAAAAAAGGGUCUAGUAAGGAAGAAAUUGUUCAGUAUGCAGUUUGUAAGUAAAGUUUAAUUUUUUUUUUCUUUUGUAAAAGAUAAUAUAACAAACACUAAACAGACCACCUACAAUAAAUGUAUUUAAAUUAUUUUUUUUUUAAAUGUGCAUGGAAAAAUGACAGAAUUAAGAAAUAGAUGACGAACUAACUCGUGAAAUAUUACCAUGCCAGAAAUAUUGACAGGUAGUAUAUAAUAAUAUGCUAAUAUAUAUGUACAGUACAAUAUAAUAUCUUGCAUCUUAGCCUCGAAGGUAGUCAUUAAUACAUAAAAAAUGAAGUACAGAUGUUGAUACACACGUAAGCAAUCGUAUACAUAAACAGCAGUAUUAAAAAAACACGAUUUUAAAAUUAUUUAUAUGACAAACGUGACCGUAUAAGUAUUACUACAUAAAUUAAAAUGAUGACACAAUAUGAUAAAUAAUUUGCUAUAUAGUCAAUAUGUUAAAAAUUCCACAUAAACUGUUUAUCACUGCGGACAGACACCUGAUACGUGCGGUUGAAUAAGACACGCUGUUGUGGACUAACGUCGAUAAAUUACUGCUGUAAAUUGUCUCGAAAAGUCUAAAGGAUUAAGAGUUCAUAGUUGGCGAUGCCUAGAAUUUGUCUGUUGACUUUAGCAACAAUUCUUUUCAUUAAUCUUCUGGCUGGAUUCAUUUAUCUUCGAACAUCAAGAAUCAUUCCUUACACAACUCUUAACAUUACAACAGAAACUGAACCAGCAAAAGAACUAGCAACCGAAAUGGUGGAAAAACAAUUAUCCGAAUCUCAUAUACAUCCUCAUCCUUAUAAAUUCAUUUUAAAUAAUGAUAAUUUAUGUUCUAAUGAUAGUUUCACGUUAUUGAUCUUGGUCUGCAGCUCGGUAAAAAAUUAUGAACAAAGGAAAACAAUUAGAGAAACGUGGGGAUCGCUAGCAACAAAUACUUUUAACAAGAACGAAGAUUUCAGGAUGGCAUUCUUAAUUGGUGCUGCAGAAAAUGAUACUUCUUCCAAAUUGCUAGAAGAAUCGAAACGUCAUAAUGAUAUCAUCCAGGAGGAUUUUAUCGAUUCGUACAAUAAUUUAACUUUAAAAUCGGUAAUGUUAUUAAAAUGGGUGAAAAAUUAUUGUCCGAAUGUCAGAUAUAUUUUGAAGACUGAUGAUGAUAUGUAUAUUAAUGUACAGAAUUUAAUCGCGUCUUUAAAGAGGUUGGGAACACGCUCGAGAAUUCUAUUUGGUGUUCUUUUUAGAAAAGCCAAACCAGAUAGGAAUCCUAAUUCAAAAUGGUACGUACCAAAAGCACAAUUUUCUGGUACAGUCUUUCCAGAUUAUUUAUCCGGUACUGCGUAUGCCAUGACCAGAGAUUCCGUAGAUCCACUUUUUAACUCAUCUUUGGAAACAUCAUUUAUGGUAAUGGAAGAUGUUUACAUCACAGGUCUCUGUGCGCAAUCAGCUGGUGUUAAAAGACUAGGAAUUAAAGGUUUCACUCACGGCAAGAGAGCAGUUUCUGGUUGUUCUUUUCUUAAUUCCAUUACGGGACAUCACGUUAGCGUAAAAGAUAUGAGGAAAAUAUGGACAGAUUUACAAAAACCUGGUUUAAAAUGCAAAUAAUUUCGAAUGAAUUUAUUUAAUAUAGGGACCAAGUAUCGAAAGAAAGGUGAGUUAAUGAUCUAUUAAUCCGUUCAAUGAUGGAAAUAACGUUUGUAUCGAUCAAUGCAGAUUAACUUAAGUUAUAUCAAUUGUGAUUUUUUGCAGUUUAUUAUCUAAAAUAUCAUAGAUAUUAUAUACAUACACACAAACACACACACAUAUAUAUUAUAUAUAUGUAAUAUGUACUUAUAUAUUAGAUACAUAAAUGUGCAAUAAUCAGGGAUUAAAAAAAAACUUUAUUUUGUUGUAAAUCAUAAUUAAAUGAUUUUUUAAUUUUUGAACGAUAUCUCGGCAAUUUUAUAAAUAAUUCAAAAUGUGUACAUUUUAAUGGUCAUUCCUAACAGCGGAUAUUUUAUCGCACGACGAAACAUGGUUUAUUUUUCGAAAUAUACAAAUUGGUGUAUAAGAAAAAAACAAAUUUUAUACUGACAAAGUUGUCUUUAUACGAAUGUUAAAAACAAAUAUUUGUAAGCUUUUAUUAUAGAAACAAUG